CCAUGCGACUUUUAUUCUGGUAUAUUCUGACCUGCAGUACCUUGGAUGGAGCCAAGCAAGUCAAUGCAGGGAUUACGAACUUGGAGAAAAUGGGCCUCAACAAUGCCUACGAUGAGGUUGUUCGGGGCUUGAUCAAGAGCUGGGAGUCCCCUAUUGGAUACCUACAAGGUCGGGGCUACUUAUCAGGCGAAUACAGAGACACAUCGAUAAUCAAACCGCAUCUAGAUGCUAUAAUGGAUCACAUCGAGGGGAUAAAGCGGCAGAAGAAAAUGAAACGCGAUUCGGAUAUACUCGGAAGCAAUGCGAUGGGCCCCCUUCCCGGAGAGAUACAUGCGAUGAACCAGCUGGAUAUAAUGCUCGACAAGAUUAAGCCAAAAGGUACUGAUAGAAAGCAGAGUGAUAACAAACAGAGUGACAUGUAUCCAAAUGUCGCUCAGCUGAUGGACAUAAUGCAGGCUGGGCGCAAACGAGACGAAGAGGAGCGACAGCUCUGGGAGAUGGAGCAACGAUUGAAGCCGUUGCCGGAAAGUCUGUCCAAGCAGGAUCAAACAGAGGCACCAACGUCGCCCUCAAAGCAGCCUGACGACAUAUUUAACAAAAUGAAGGCAAGUCCUCAAUUGCAAGAGCCGGAACAAGCCAGUGCCAGCCAUAAUACGGAAGAUGGGGCACAGGUGACAACAGUCCCAAAGAGCAGCAGUACUUAUAGAGAGGAACGCAUUCAAAAUGUCGCAAUUGAUAAACUCGAUACAAACCUGGCCCCAUCUAGUCGGGCGUCAAAAGACGUGGAGGCUCCAAGUUAUCUGAAUUGGGACAUAGAGAAACAGCACUUCAGCCAGUACUCGCCCGUCGCCAAGGAGGCCUACGUGAACAAGCUGGUCAAAAUGUUUGUGGAGAGGGAGAAGCUCCGGGAGAACCCACGCAGAUUGUACACCUCACCGCCAUAACCGAUCUCAUGCCCAAUAAGCACACACAUUUGUUUUUGCUUUUCUCAAAAUUGUUUGAAUUUUUGCCUCAAUAAAUUCUCUUUCGGGGCUUUCUCUGAGUCAUAA